AUAACAAUGUGUAAAGUUUCAGGCUUUGGAGUCCUUCUCAUACUUAAAAACGGCGGCGUGACAAGUUUUCCAAACGACGUCGUCUCCGUGAAGGGACUUCUCAGCUUUGAAAGAGUAUGUUCUGAGUUGGAAUCAGAGGUGUAGAUUGCUGCGUUUUGCUGUUUAUUGUAUCUCCGAAUCAUGGGAGAUGCCUGGUUGAGUCCUGUCUCCGUCACUGCUACAUCGAGUCAAUUGGAUUGUGGAUGUUAUUCCGCCAAGAAAAGCAGUUUUGUCUGGAGAACUUGUCAUUGGUCUUUGAGUCAAUCGUUGGACUUUGCGGUGACCAUGAAGCCAAAACGAAGGCGUCUAGUCUAUGGUAGUCUGAAAAUGGAGUCUUUUCCAUCAGGAACAACCAGAAUGUGUUUCGGGAAAGUGUGUUGUGAAUUAGAUAGAUCUCUCAACGGAGAAACUAUGGGUUUAGAUUGGGAAAGUGGGUCGAAAAGAAGAACUGAAGAAAUUAGUUUUCUUGAACAGAAACCAGAAAAUCUUUGCGAUUUCUUGGUUGAAAAUGGGUCAGAAGAGAAGCCUGCAGCGAAUGGGAAUAGGAUACAUUUUCUAGAGGAGAGGAACGAAGAGAUGUUAUCGAAGAGACUUUUGAAGCUUAGCAGGUUGAAUAAAGUCAGAAGCGCAAUGGAGUUGUUUGAUUCUAUGAGAACUUUGGGUUUACAACCCAAUGCUCAUGCAUGUAACUCUCUUCUCUCGUGCCUUUUGAGGAAUGGAAAUCUUCAGAAAGUCUUUAUCGUCUUUGAGUUCAUGAGGACAAAGGAGAACGUCACAGGGCACACGUAUAGCUUGUUCUUGAAAGCUGUUGCAGAGGUUAAGGGUUGUGAUUCUGCACUGAGAAUGUUUAGAGAACUAGAAAAGGAUCCGAAACAUAAGAGUAACUUCGACGUGAUUCUAUACAACACCGUGAUUUCUCUAUGUGGACGGAUAAAUAACGUGUACGAGACAGAGAGAAUCUGGAGAGUUAUGAAAAGUGAUGGUCAAAUCGGAACAGAGGUUACAUAUUCUCUGCUUGUUAGCAUUUUUGUUCGGUGCGGGAGAAGCGAAUUGGCGCUUGAUGCAUAUGAUGAGAUGAUUUACAACAAAAUAUCUCCAAGAGAGGAUGCAAUGUACGCGUUGAUAAACGCAUGUACAAAGGAAGAAAAAUGGGAUUUGGCGCUAAAGAUAUUUCAAAGUAUGUUAAAGAAAGGGAUGAAGCCUAAUCUUGUAGCGUGCAAUACUUUGAUAAACUCGCUAGGAAAAGCGGGAAAAGUCGGAUUGGUGUUUAAGGUUUACAGUGUUGCAAAAUCUCUGGGGCACAAACCCGAUGAGUACACGUGGAAUGCGCUACUCACGGCUUUAUACAAAGCAAACCGAUAUGAAGAUGUUCUUCAGCUAUUUGAUAUGAUAAGAAGCGAAAACCUGUGUUGUUUGAAUGAAUAUUUGUACAACACAGCUAUGAUGUCAUGCCAAAAGCUUGGUUCCUGGGAGAAAGCUGUGAAGCUUUUGUAUGAGAUGGAAGGUUCGGGAUUAACAGUUUCAACUUCAUCAUAUAAUCUGGUGAUAAGCGCUUGCGAAAGAUCAAGGCAAUCGAAAAUUGCAUUGCGAGUAUAUGAGCACAUGGCUCAAAGAGAUUGUAAACCAGACACGUUUACGUAUCUGUCACUUGUAAGGAGCUGCAUUUGGGGUUCUCUGUGGGACGAGGUUAAAGAUAUCCUAAAGAAAGUGGAACCGGAUGUAUCGCUCUACAACGCAGCAAUACAUGGGAUGUGUUUAAGACGCGAGUUCAAGAUUGCAAAGGAGCUGUAUGUCGAAAUGAGAGAGAUGGGUCUAGAACCGGAUGGUAAAACCCGAGCUAUGAUGCUACAAAACUUGAAGAAACACUACUAGUUAAGGUGAUAAUGCUUUGUAUCUGCUCAUACUUGUUCUUAGUAAUAGAAGCCACAAUCAAGAUAAAAUGCAGUAAAAAAGAAAGAGAUUAAUUUCUCACUUUUGGACAUUGUCUCUAUGCUCAGUGUGGGAAAUGUUUUUGUGGGCUAUUGUUCAUUGUCCUUCGAAGAUAUUUGAAGCAUAAGCCAAGUGAUGCUAUUGUCUGUCUCUGGUAAAUGAGGUUGUGGUGCCAUUAUAACAGAGAUUAAAGGUUGGCGAUGAAGUAGCUCUUGUCCAGUUUCUAUCACUGGAAACAGAUGUUUGAAUCUGGAAAGAGUGGAAUAUAAGGCUGCACUGCAACGGCGUUACACCAGAUAGCUAGAUCUCAUUCUCAGGGGCAAGAGGUUUAUGUCGCUCUGUUACUGGUUCUGUUCUUUGUUUGAUUCUUUUUGUAUACUUGGUGUGCCAUGCACAUUUUGGGAAUUUUGAAUAACUAGGAAACACACAACAAAAUGUGAGUAAGUAUUUUUAUAUAUGUAUAUGAU